AGCACGAUGGGCGACAGCGACGACGAGUACGAUCGAAGACGCAGGGACAAAUUUCGAAGAGAGCGCAGCGACUAUGACCGUUCCCGGGAGAGAGAUGAAAGACGCCGAGGGGACGAUUGGAAUGACCGAGAGUGGGACCGUGGCCGGGAGCGCCGCAGUCGGGGUGAAUAUCGAGACUAUGACCGGAAUCGAAGGGAACGUUUCUCCCCCCCUCGCCACGAACUUAGCCCCCCACAAAAGCGCAUGCGGAGAGACUGGGAUGAGCACAGUUCUGACCCAUACCACAGUGGCUAUGACAUGCCCUAUGCUGGGGGGGGUGGGGGACCAACUUAUGGCCCCCCUCAGCCCUGGGGCCACCCAGACGUCCACAUCAUGCAGCACCAUGUCCUGCCUAUCCAGGCCAGGCUGGGCAGCAUUGCAGAGAUUGACUUGGGUGUGCCACCACCUGUAAUGAAGUCCUUCAAAGAAUUCCUCCUGUCCCUGGAUGACUCUGUGGAUGAGACUGAGGCAGUCAAACGCUACAAUGACUACAAGCUCGACUUCCGAAGGCAGCAGAUGCAGGACUUUUUCCUGGCUCAUAAAGAUGAGGAGUGUUGAUAACCUUCUUUUGGACAUAGACAAAGCUGAUGCCAUUGUGAAGAUGUUAGAUGCAGCUGUCAUUAAGAUGGAAGGUGGCACAGAGAAUGACCUCCGAAUCCUGGAGCAGGAGGAAGAGGAAGAACAGGCAGGCAAGACUGGGGAGGCCAGCAAGAAAGAGGAAGGCCGCGCCGGGCCAGGCCCGGGGGAUGCAGAGCGUAAGGUCAAUGAUAAGGAUGAAAAGAAAGAAGACAGCAAACAGGCUGAAAAUGACAGUUCUAAUGAUGAUAAAACUAAGAAAUCUGAGGGUGAUGGGGACAAGGAGGAGAACAAAGAAGAGGCUGAGAAGGAAGCCAAAAAGAGCAAGAAGCGGAACAGGAAGCACAGUGGCGAUGACAGCUUUGAUGAGGGUAGUGUAUCUGAGUCCGAGUCCGAGUCCGAGAGUGGUCAAGCUGAGGAGGAGAAAGAGGAGACUGAAGAAGCACUUAAAGAGAAGGAGAAGCCCAAGGAAGAGGAGAGGGAGAAGCCUAAGGAUGCGGCGGGGGCGGGGCUGGAGUGUAAGCCCCGGCCCCUGCACAAGACUUGCUCUCUCUUCAUGCGCAACAUUGCCCCCAACAUUUCAAGGGCGGAGAUCAUUUCACUUUGUAAAAGAUACCCAGGCUUUAUGCGCGUGGCAUUGUCGGAGCCCCAGCCCGAGAGGAGGUUUUUUCGCCGUGGCUGGGUGACUUUUGACCGCAGUGUUAACAUUAAAGAGAUAUGUUGGAACCUGCAGAACAUCCGACUCCGUGAGUGUGAACUGAGUCCUGGUGUGAACAGAGACCUGACCCGUCGUGUCCGCAACAUCAACGGCAUCACGCAGCACAAGCAGAUAGUGCGCAAUGACAUCAAGCUGGCAGCCAAGCUGAUCCACACACUGGAUGACAGGACCCAGCUCUGGGCAUCUGAGCCUGGGACACCUCCUGUGCCCACAAGCCUGCCCUCACAAAACCCCAUCCUGAAGAACAUCACUGAUUACCUGAUUGAGGAAGUGAGUGCUGAGGAAGAGGAACUACUGGGGAGCAGUGGAGGACCCCCUCCUGAGGAGCCUCCCAAGGAAGGCAACCCAGCAGAAAUCAAUGUGGAGAGGGAUGAGAAGCUGAUCAAGGUCUUGGAUAAACUCCUUCUCUAUUUGCGUAUUGUGCAUUCUCUGGAUUAUUACAACACUUGUGAGUACCCCAAUGAGGAUGAGAUGCCCAACCGCUGUGGCAUAAUCCAUGUCCGGGGACCCAUGCCGCCCAACCGAAUCAGUCACGGAGAAGUGCUGGAGUGGCAGAAGACGUUUGAGGAGAAACUAACCCCCCUGCUGAGUGUUCGUGAAUCCCUUUCUGAGGAAGAGGCCCAGAAGAUGGGUCGUAAAGACCCUGAACAGGAAGUGGAGAAGUUUGUUACCUCCAACACACAGGAACUGGGCAAGGAUAAGUGGCUAUGUCCUCUCAGUGGCAAGAAAUUCAAGGGCCCUGAGUUUGUGCGCAAGCACAUCUUCAAUAAGCACGCGGAGAAGAUCGAGGAGGUGAAGAAGGAGGUAGCAUUUUUUAACAACUUCCUCACGGAUGCCAAGCGCCCAGCAUUGCCCGAGAUGAAGCCAGCUCAGCCACCUGGCCCUGCCCAGAGCCUGACCCCAGGACUUCCCUACCCACACCAGACGCCACAGGGCUUGAUGCCCUAUGGCCAGCCCCGCCCUCCCAUCUUGGGCUAUGGAGCUGGUGCUGUCCGCCCUGCAGUCCCAACAGGAGGGCCUCCAUAUCCCCAUGGUCCGUAUGGCGCUGGGCGCGGGAACUAUGACGCUUUUCGAGGCCAAGGAGGAUAUCCUGGGAAACCUCGGAACAGGAUGGUUCGAGGAGACCCGCGGGCCAUAGUGGAGUAUCGGGACCUGGACGCCCCAGAUGAUGUUGAUUUCUUUUGAGACAUCUGCCGCCCUCACUCUACAUCUGCUGCCCUCUAUCCCCGGGACCACUUUACCCCAUGAGCUGACAGGUUUUUUGUACGUUAUUUUUCCUGCUAGUUAAAAACAAAACAAAACAAAACAAAAAAACCAC